GAUACAAUUUGUUUGUAUUGUUGUUGUUGUUUUUUUUUUGUUGUUGUUUGUAUUGAAACUGUGUUUGAGCACAUAAGAUCAGAUUUAUUUUGGAAAUAAAUAUAUUUCUGUCUAUCUGACAAAAAUGACUUGAUAUUCUCUACAAUAUGAAAAAGUCAAGUAGAUCUGGAAUUUUAUUGGUGUCUGUAGGCCAAUAAGUUGAGGCUCAUCGAAGAAUGAUUAAUUUUACAUGAUGACCGCUGAACCUGAUAGUGCCCUCGAUAAUCUAUAUCCUGCUUUAUUGGAAUGCUUUCUUGUCAUCAUAUGUGGGUACCUAGCCGGCCGCCUGGGGCUGGUGUCACAGCAGCAGCAUGGCGCCCUGAACACGCUAGUGGGCACUUUCAGCCUGCCGUCGCUGCUGUUCCUGUCGCUGGCCGAGCUGAAGCUGUCGCAGGUCUCCUGGCUGUUCCUGCUCAGCCUCCUCGUGUCCAAGGCCAUCAUCUUCGUCAGCGUCGCCGUCCUCACGCUGCUCGUCACCCGCCCUGUCGACCCGGCGCGCGCCGGCCUCUACGCCAUCUUCUGCACGCAGUCUAAUGACUUCGCCAUCGGAUAUCCCAUCAUUUCAGCGCUAUACCAGAAGAUCCACCCGGACUUUGUGAGCUACCUUUACCUGGUGGCGCCCGUCAACCUGGUCAUCCUCAACCCAUUCGGCUUCGUGCUGAUGGAGAUCGGCAAGCGGCGCUCCCUCCCCCCCGACAGCCGCCAGCGCCCCGCCUCCUGUUGGCACGUGACCGGCGUCAUCCUCUGGAACAUCGUCGCCAACCCCAUCGUCUUCAUGACGGCGCUCGGCAUCGCCGGCAACUUCGUCUUCGGCGGGAAUGUUCCGCCACUCAUCAGCUGUGUCCUCAAUGUUUUCGCAAAGGCAUUCCCAGCAGCUGCUCUGUUCUUACUCGGCCUCAGAAUGGUCGGCAAAGUUCAAGAUCUGUACGGAACGUCCCUGCUUGUUGUCAUCAUGCUUGUCUCAGCCAAGUUAUUGGCAAUGCCUCUUGUGACCCGUGAAGUAGUGAGUACAGUGAUGCACUUGGCCGGCAUGAAUAAGACGGAAAUAGCUGACUUCAGCACUUAUGGCUUCCUGUAUGGCACCAUACCAGCUGCUCCAGCCACCUUCGUCUAUGCACUCAUGUAUUCGCUCAACGCCGAUUUGGUGGCUAGUGCAAUGGUAGCGUGCACAUUUUUAGCAGUACCUCUCCUCUUCACUUCGGCCAGAAUGGUGCUGUCUUCAAAUAUGGAUCCUGACAAGCUCAUCCUCGUAUGGAAAUCCUAUCAAUUGCACAUCAGCAUUAUUGGAAUGCUAUUAUGUAUUUGGGUGCUGGUCAUCUUUAUAGUGAACAAGACUUACAAGAAAAUGCCUCAGAAGAUUGUUCUCUACAUGCUCUUCUCCCAGGUACGAUAUUCAUAUGGUUUUUUGGCAGAGAGAUCCUUUAGGAUGUUUUGCCUCGCCGUAUCACCCAAUUUCACUUUAAUCCCUGCAUUGUCAGUGGCAGUUCUUAUGUUCUUCACUACACCAACUGCUAAACCAACUGUGUAUGAACUGGAGUAUGGUAGUGCUGAAGCCACUCUGGAAAUUUUCCUAUUGCUGCUGUCGUUCAUAGUUACGAUGGGUUGCUUGAUUCUCCACCAAAGAUUCAGAAGGCAACGACGUCGUAUGUCUCAGUCAUCGACAGCUAGUUUGCGCAGGGAAAACUCCAACAACUCUAUACAGAAUUGGGGCAAGCCGGUUGACAACGAAUUGGACGGAGGCAGCUCACGGUACCUGGUGGAGGACAGUAGCGGCGGCGAGGCGCGACGCAGCGAGCUGGAUAGUCCGGCCAAGUACGUGGCGCUGCUGUUCGUCACACUGUGCUCGAUGUUCGUCAGCCUGGCCGUGUGCCUGUGGCAGGUGGUGAUGGCCGACGAGACCACCGCUGUCUUCAUCGAGCUGCUCUUCAUCAUGUCCACCUUCACCAAGGGACAGUCGCUGCUCAUAUUCGUGCUCUUUGGCAUGGACACGUCCAUUGUGUUCGAGAAGUUCAUGAGCAGAAUGGAUGUUGGAUAUCGAUGGCUGCGACGGCCUGAGCCAAUGCCAUCUGCACUCUGGGACGACCUGUCGCUGGAGACCCGGCAGCUGUGUGAAAAGUUCACCAAAGACUACAUCGGCAAAUGCCGAGCUAAUAUCCUCAAUGAUAACUGGUGGGUGAUGAAGGACUACCGACAGACUUUCACGGGCCACGACCUGGUGACGUGGCUGGUGGCGAAUGACGUGUGCCAGGAUCGCGCGGAGGCCGUGCAGUACGGCAAUCGACUCCUCGCCGGACAAGUCAUCAAACACCUCAACGGCAACCAGCUCUACAAGGACGACCCCACCAUCCUCUUCACAUUCACUUUCCCCAAUCAUAAUUAGACCCACCACUAAAACUAAUUUUAUUUCAUCUUCUGACUACAAUAUUUACUAUCAUUUGAGCCACGUCUCUGUAGAGAGGCAAUGCUCAAGAUACGUUGCACCACGCGAAAUCUCAAUUUUCAUUCUGGUUGAGCCAUCUCUCUAUGCAGAGAUAUACAUUGCAUCACGCGAGAUUCCGAUUGGUGUAGCCUACAGUUACUUUAUAUAGUAACUUUAGUGUAGCCCAGCAUUAAAGCCGCAGGUAUUAUUUUAUUGAAUUUUUUGACAUAAAGUAAUGGAUUAAGUGACUGUGAACUUUUGAGUGUCUCGCUAAUUUAUUACCAGACACUAAUCUCUUAAUACUAAAAACUUUGUAGUAUUUUGUUACUUCUGACUACAAUAUUUUCUGUCAUUUGAGCCAUCUGUCUACAGAGAGACAAUGCUUAAUAUACGUUGCACCACGCAAUUUUGUUUUCGGUUGGUGCAGCCCAGCAUUAAAGUCAUAGGUUUUGUUAUUUUAUUGAAUUUUUUGACAUAAAGUAAUGGAUUAAGUGACUGUGAACUUUUGUAUGUCUUGCUAAUUUAUUUCCAGACACUAAUCACUAAUCUCUCACUUUAUUUUCAGACAUGACCGUGAAUAUUGUAGUAUAUAUUUUUUUUAAUUCAUUGACAUACAUGAGUCUGAUGCUUAACUUGACGAAUAUUACGUUGAGUUUUUAUUUAUCACACGUUGGAGUUGAAGUCCUAAUGUAUAAAAUCCAUGGUGUCCCAUUCAUAGAAAUUGAAAAAUUAGUAGAAAAUUACAGUAGAUACUAGAUGCUAACACACUAGAAUACUGUAAAUUAUUUUACAAUAAUUAUUUAUAAUGACCUUUUAUUUCGUCAAUCCAUAAAAAAAUGUAUUACAAAAAUUAUUAUUGCCUACUUUUUGAAAAUCGAAAAAAAAAUCAGAUUAUACAUUGUAAAGUGUUAAUGUUUCUAGUGUGUAAUAAUACUUCAAUACUUUAUCGUGAACAGUGAGUAAUAACUAUAUUAAUGUGAUUAUAAAAGUUGAUACUACAUCUGUGAUUGAAAAUCAUAAUCUAUAUUGGGAGCCUUUUAUUCAUCAAUAUUUAUAUUUUGAAGUCAGACCUUAUAUUUAUUAUUAAAUCUAUUUAUGGAUUAAUCAUCAUCAGCAGUAUCAUCCAAAAUUAUAUAUUUUUAAAAUAAUGCAUGCUCAUAUAGUAUUGGAAUGUUCUCAUUAAUAAAUAAUGUCAUAGAUAAUAUAAAUAUUAUAGGUAACAUCAUGCGUACAAUAAUAGUAUAAGUUAAGCCGUUUAUGUACAAAGUACUGUCCUUUAUUCUUGUGACUGAUCUAUGGAUUAUAUUUGAAUUCUGAUUGAUUUAUUCACUUAUAGGGGUUAAGCAAACCCCUAUUUGAACAAACAUUUUUUGAUCAACAUCAUUUUUAUAACCAGGUAUCUUAAGUUUUUAUGUGUUGGGUUUAUUUUUUCCAUAAUUACACAUUUUUACUUUAUUAAACUCUUUGUGCUGUACCAAAGUACUGUAAACUUGGGAAUGGUUGAAGUAUAUUUUUAUCAUAAAUAUUGGCAUUAUAAUAAUUAUGAUUGCAUCAAGAAGGUUGUUAUUUUUGUCGUUUUUCAUUUGAAAAAUAUAUCAUUUUUUUAGAAAUUAUUUUUUAACUGAAAUAAGAGGUUUGUAAUAAGAGUAAAUAAUUGCAGAAUUAUUUUUUGCAUGAAGAUGCACUUUUUUGGCUAAUUACUCUAUUAGUCUCAACCAACUGCAGAACAAAAUAUCUUGUUCAGAAAUAAUUCAGUUAGAUCAUUACUCCACGGGUCAUUCGUUACUCGUUCUCUGAUAAUUUUGAAAAAGAUCAUGGUUAAAGAUGGUAUCCUCAGUAAAGUGCUUGAGGUAUUUUAAAAAAAGUGUGAAAGGCCUAAGACCUAUGGAAAAUGAGUAUGCCAUGUUUGCUUUGUUGUAUAUACUAUGUAUAUACUUUGUUGUAUACUUCACCAAAGUUGUUGGUUUGUUUCUAAGAUUUCAUUAAUGGCCAAUUGGCGGUACUGUAACAAACUCUUUGUUACUCUCCUACAAAUAAGAACUGCUUUGUUUUAUUAUCUUGCUAGAAUAGUUGAGACUGAAUAAUUGUGAUCAUUGAGAAACCGGUUUAGUAUAUAGUAAUUUGUUGUGAAAGUUGCUUUGAAAUCAGAGGUUGAAUUUAAUUUACUUAAUAUAGGGUUGGAUAGGGAGGUAUGGAUUAUUUGAAAUAACAGUUACACAAUAAACAAAACUCGAAAUUUAUUUUUUAGUGUGGACUUUGAUGUUGCCAUUAUUAAAAUUGAAGAGGAAAAAAUAAAAACCUUGUUUAUGUACGAAAAUAACAUCUGUUGAAUGUUGUCCGUUUUUGUCCAUACACUCCUGUAGACGUUGUAAGAAGUUAUCCAUACUCCUCUGAAGCAUUGCACGUGAUACCGCUCGAAUUCCCAGUGUUAUUGUUCCACUCAGAGCUUCAAGGGUUUGUGAUUUGUUUAUUUAUACACGUGCUUUUAGGUAGCCCCAUAAAAAAUAGUCACAAGGCGACAGGUCCGGUGACCGAGGAGGCCACUCCACAUCUCCACGCAACGAAUGAGGCGUCCAGGGAAGGUCUGCCUUAUAAAUUCCAUAGCUGCUCUCGAUGUAUGGCAUGUCGCCUCAUCUUGUUGAAACCAUACAGUUGAGACGUCGUCUUCUCAAUUGUGGCAGAAAAAUUCACGCAGCAUAACGAUCCGUUUUGACAGUGACGGAUCGACCGUUUUCUCGAAAAAAGUAAGGGCCAAUAAUUGGUUUUCUGAGGCUACCUAAAAGCAUGUAUUUACAUAAACAAACCACAAACCCUUGAAGCCCUGAUUCGAACAAUAACACUAGAAAUUCGAGCGGUACCACGUGCAAUGCUUCAGAGGAGUAUGAACAACUUCUCACAACGUCUACAGGAGUGUAUGGACAAAAACGGACAGCAUUUAACAGAUGUUAUUUUUCGUACAUAAUCAAUGUUUUAAUUUUUUCCUCUUCAAUUUUUAAAAUUGCAACAUUCAAGGUACACACUAAAAAAAUAAAUUUAUAAUUUCGUUUAAAAAUUAGUGUGUAUAUGUUAUUUCAAAUCAUCCAUACCUCCCUGUCCAACUCUGUAUUGAUGGUUGUAGUUAAAAAUUAAUAAUUACUAAGCAUUGAUUUUUCUAUGUAACUGAUAUUUUUUAAACUUUCUUUUCAUCUCUAUAAGUUUAUUAAUUGAUUUAGCCUAAUAAGAGUGGGAUACAUUUUAUUUGUGAUUUUUAUCUUUGUGGUUUCAAAUUGAACUAAAUAUGAUCAAGUAAAUAGUUUUCAUAAUUAUGUGAUUAUAGCCAUUUAUAUUUUAUUGUUCAGUGUGUUAUUCUCUUAAUACUACAGAAUUAUUAUCAAAUAACAAUGUCUUACACUUUUAUGUAAAUACAUCAAUAGAAAAUACCUUAAGACAAUUUCAAUAAACUAUUACGAUAAAUUUAUAUAAAAAUACAAUUUUCAGCCUUGAAUUGUAUUUUUAUGCAUUGUAAUUUCAUGUCUAUAAAUUAACUCGCUGCCCCAGUAAAUUUAAAUAACAAUCAAAAAUAUUCUAUCUAAAAAUAAAAUUAAGAAUGUAUUCAUAGAAAACAUUGGUUUUAAUCACUAUUCGUAAAAAUUAUCAUCAUCUUUCACCCAAACUCUGCUACUAUUGAUCAAUUUCACUUUCAGAGUUAAACAUUUAUUUUUCCAAUUUAGUUAGCUAGUUGAUAAACGCUUCAAAUAGUUCACUAGGAUUUGAACAAUAAUUUAAAUAUUUUUUUGUAACUUCCUUAACAAUUCAUAUAAACACAUGUAGUCUAUAAAUGUAAAAUCAAGUACAUCAAUCUUGACUGAUACAGUAGUGCUGCAUCUUUCUAAUUUUGUUGAACAUUCAAGUUCCUCAAUAUAAUGAAACUUACAAUUUAUAACAAGUAUGCAUCUAUUUGAAAGUUUUAAUUAUUAAUAGGCUAUAACCUUCUAUUAUCUACACUUUUGCAUUUCUAUUACAUCUGAAAUAAGUGGAUCAGAUCAAGACCUAUCUCUCAUGCCAAUGAAAUUUGAUGGUAAAACCCAAGAAAUCUGGAAUCUAUAUUCUAGAUUCCUUGGUAAAAUCUAAAUUAAGUUACUUGAUCUAUUUUUUUACAUCAUGUGAUAAUGUUAUAGUUACCGGUCCAAAAGAUUUCUAACUAACUCUCCUCUGCUUUAAGCAAGAACAAUAUUCAUUUUCAUCUAAAAUCUUGAAUCUUUAAUGUAUUUAUUUGACCAAAUCCCUUCAAUACAACCAUAUUGUGUAGUAAUUGGAAAUUGUGAUAUGUCGUUCAAAAACUUGGAUACUUAUUGUUAAGCUAAUGUAAUAUCAAAAAGAAAUACAAUUGACAGCCUUAAAUUGUAUUUUAUUAGAUACAUCGUAUAAUUAAACAGUUAUUUUGAUCUGAGUGAUUGUUAAAAUUGUAUCCAAUAAAGUUCAACUGAACGAA